CAUAGAUGUGAGCAAAUAGGUGUGUGCAUACAUAUGUAGGUCUGCUCAGAACAAUAUAAACUACUGUGACACUGAUUAUUCAUCUGUAAUUGCACGUGUGGAAAAUGACAAGAAUUGGUGGUGAAUAUAAUUAUUUGACGGUUAAUGAUCAGCUGGUUAUCUUAAUUUUUGUUUUGAUAUUUUAAUUUGGAGUUUUGAUAUCAAACAUUUGGAAAGUUCUGUUUGUUAUUUACAAUAAAGGCUUCAAAUUUAAAGCACAAUGAGCCGAGAAGUAUUGGCACCACCAAUACAACGAAUGGACAACAAUCGCUGUUAUCGUGUCAAUUUAAUACAUGAAGACUUUGGUAAUCAACGUGCAGCUAUGCAGCGCAAAGGACAUAAACCUGAGACAACAAAUCCCGAAACUGCAUAUAUGGAGCAAGACCUGUAUGCCGAAGAUGACGAUGAUGAGCAAGAAGAUAGCGAAAACUUCCAAAUAGAGGAACUUACAAGCGGUCAUUAUAAACUGACUAUGCAUGUUGCACAGAGUUUUUAUGGUGGCUUGAUCGGUUUCAAGGGCAACACGAAGCGGCGGAUUGAAUCAGAAACGCGUACAGACAUUUUUAUUCCACGCGCUAGGGAAGGUGGUCUGAAACAAGUCGAAGAUAUCACUGUAAAGGGUAAAACACGAAUAAGCGUUAUGAUGGCUCGUAGAAAGAUAAAUUUGAUAAUAGUUUCUCUGCGUAAACGUAUGCGACCAACGCAUUUUACCUGUGUACCAUUAAAUUACGGUGAAAUAAAGGAACGAUUCUGUGAAUUUAAGAAAGAACUUCUGGAGCUUAAUUUGCCAGGUAUUGAUGAAAUGCUUUUCCAAACUGAGGAGUGCAUACAUUUAACAUUAAGCACAUGUAUAUUGCUAGAUGCCGCUGAGCGUUCUAAAGCUGUCGAGAUAUUACAAAGUUGCAAGAUAUUUCUCUCCGACCUACGAACACCAUUUCAAAUUGAAGUUAGGGGACUGGAAAUUAUGAAUGAUGACCCGAGUGCUGUACGCGUGUUAUAUGCGCGUGUAGAAUCGCCUGAAUUACAAAAGUUUGCUGAUUUGGCAGUGCAUCCAUUUUUGCGUAGUGGUUUAGGGUUUAAUGAUUAUGAUCGAGAUAAUGUGAAAUUGCAUAUGACUAUAAUGAAUAAUCGGUAUCGUAAACAGUUGGACGCGAAAGCAGCAGGCUCUUUCGAUGCACGUGAAAUAUUAAAACGUUACGGUGAUUACAAUUUUGGUAGAGUGGAGUGUAGUGAGGUGCAUCUGUGUGUGAUGCAUAAUACAUCGGGUGAUAAACAUGGAACAUUCUACAAAAUCACUGGAAGCUUAAAGUUCUAAAAAGGUGUUAAUAAAUAUUAACAUUUUACUUACACCGUUAAUUUCCAAAUAAAAAUGGUCGUCUUCAUAGUUUCUUUAUUAUUCAUAUAUCGUGUGUGCUUAUCUCAAUUCAUGUUGCACCUCUAAGUUUUUUUUUGUAGUACUUCUAAAUAUGAAAUCACUUUAAAUGCAAAUAAAACACUUUUAACUAUCUUUUAAAAAUA